UACUCACCUGUCUGAGCCUGUGAGAGUAUGACACUGCAUGCGGCCACCUGCCUCCUCCAGACACGGCUCUCACUGUCGGACUGUCCCUUCCUACUGUGCAAAUACGUCCACCUCCAUCCCACAAGCCUUUCCUACCAAUCUAUCCAUAUUUUCUGCCUCUAUGUCUUGUUCCAACAAUGUGUUCAGCAAUAUCUCAUAGGCAGCCACCUCCCCCUCCUGAUGCCAGUCUCCUAAUCAGCACUCAACCUUCUGGAAGCCCGGGGAGAUCUGAGAACUUAGACACACGUAUGGUUAUCACUGUUCAGCCGCCAGGAGAGCAUUUUUGCUGACUCAUCUAAUAUGUUUCACUGGGUAAAGAUACUGUGAGCCUGAGUUAGAGGCUGCUGUUUCCUGAGGACACUCAUGGUCAUUGCUGGUUUUCCUACUCACAACAAGGGGGCUUGAGAGGAAAGACGUCUUCAAGGCCUGAAGCCUCCAAGGCCCUAAUGGAGAGUAAUUUCAUGUAUGGGCAGAAUCAAGCCCUUUGAAGAAAUAUUAUUAGCUGAUGGUAAAAGGGAAAACAUCAAAGCUUUGUAUUUCUCUUCUACGACAGUCAUUAGUGAAACCGAAUGGCCAACAUAACUUUUGAAUUAAAGGAGAAACUACUAGUGUUUGGGGUCAUCGAGAUCCUGAGUGGAGCAGUAAUUCUGGUUCUGGGUGUUUUUCUGGGCUCCAUGCAAGGGAUAUUUGAUUUCUUCGGGUACUUCUCUUUCUUUACCUUCUACUCAGGCUACCCGGUAUGGGGCCCUUUGUCUUUUAUUUUUACAGGGUGCUCAUCUAUUGUAUCUGGGCGAUACCUCCGCAGAAUAUUGGAGCAAGCAAGAUACCUGAGGUACCUCGUCAGUGCUGUAAUGGCACUGCUUGGGGUUAUGGUGCUCUCAGCAAACUUAGCACUUAAUAACGUGUGGUUGGAGGAUUGCCCAUAUUCAGAAUCACCAGACUUAUGCCUCUACAUGGGCACCUCAAACAAUGGCCUGAUGUCUCUAAUGCUGAUCUUUACCUCACUGGAAUUGGUCAUAACCCUCUCUACUACAGUCAUAUGCGAGGCAGCCCAUUGCAUACAUUGGGCAGGAUAUUUCGUAUAGUGAUCAUCAGAAAUAUUCUAUUUUUGAAAAUCAAGAAUGCUUCCUGAUAAAUAAUAAUCUGAAAUCAAGGAAAUUUAAUCUUAGAUCUGCAAUAAAUCACAGCUUCGUAGAAGCAGGAGACCGUGAACGCCUACCCUCAUGGCAACAAUCAUGAGAAACUUGGACAUUUGACCCAACCUUUCUUUCAUAACUAUGCAUCUCAUCAGUGUACCCUUACUUGGAAGGACAAACCUGCUUUUUUAGGCAUGGUAGUUUUAUAACUUCUGUGAUCACUACUCCAAGUUUGUUCCCAUAAAUCAGUCCUCCUUUUCUUUUGUAUCUACUCCUUUGCUUAUAAGAUUUAAAGGAGUCAGAACAUUCCCUUUCUCAUGUUUUGUCUUUUAAACAGAACUUUAAACUAUCGAAUGAGAAAGAAAGUGGGCCAGAUUUCUUUUUAUU